GGUGGUUUGGAGAAUGCAGUUUAUAAUGCAAAGGCUAUAGGUGCUAGAGCAUUCGGCUUAUUUCUUCGUUCCCAACGUCAGUGGGUAUGUAAACCGCUUAGCAAAGAAACAGCAGAAAAGUUUCGAGAAGCGUGUCGAGAGCAUGAUUACUCUCAUCGUUUGAUUCUCCCACAUGGCUCCUACCUGUUGAAUUGUGGAGCUCCAAAUGAAGAAACACUUCGGAAGAGUAGAGAAGCUUUGAUUGAUGAACUGAGGCGAUGUGAGAUGCUUGGAAUAUCAAUGUUCAAUUUUCACCCAGGUUCAACAUGUGGUGAAAUAAGCAUCGAGUCAUGUCUGGAAAAGAUCGCUGAAAGUAUAAAUCUUGCUCACAGUAAAACCUGUUCAGUCAUAACAGUUUUAGAAAACAUGAGUUGUCAGGGAAAUACAGUAGGAGGCAAGUUUCAGGAGUUGAGGAGAAUCAUCGAUAAAGUAAAAGAUAAAUCCAGAGUUGGAAUCUGUCUUGAUACCUGUCACGCUUUUGCUGCAGGAUUUGAUCUGUCCCAGCCUGAGGGAUUUCAGAAGAUGAUGAAAGACUUUGAGAACAUUAUUGGUCUGGAGUAUUUAAAAGCUAUUCAUCUGAACGAUUCAGCAGGAAAACUAGGGUGCCACUUGGAUCGACAUGAAAAUAUUGGAAAAGGAAACAUUGGCAUAGAAGGAUUUCGACACAUCAUGAAUGAUCCACGGCUUAACAAUAUACCCAUGAUCCUUGAAACACCCGCAAAUGUGAGUGAUGAAAAGGAGAUCAAAACACUUUAUCAGCUCUGUAAAUAGUGAAGAAAGUAUUCCUUUCUUUGACAUUUCGGAGAGCAAUAUUCAUUAUAGACUUGCCAUCAAAAGUUGUGUUGUGUUUUUAAACUCUACUAUCAGCAAACAAACAUUUGUUUUUCCACCCACUACUGUUCACUUUUGGAUGUCAUGUAAAGUAAUUCUGGUUUUAUUUUUAAAUUGCUAAUAUUAUAUUAUCAUUGUUUACUUUCUGAAGUUGUCCAGAGAUUUUGUUUGUGUUACC